AAAUCACGAUUCGCAAGGCCAGCGAAACGGAGAACAGGGAAUAUUCAUUGAAGAUGCCGUUUCACAGCUAUUUAAUACGAUUUCUACCAAACAAGAGACUGUAAUCUGGAUUGGGGAGCUCAAGAGGAGACAGGUAUCCUCUGGUCAAGGAAAUAAGAGCUGAGGGAGAGUUGUGAGAUCUAAACCAUGGCGAAGACGCAGCUUGAAGUUUUGAAUGCCUUGGAUCUUGCGAAAACGCAAUGGUACCAUUUCACGGCAAUCAUUAUUGCAGGUAUGGGCUUCUUUACAGAUGCGUAUGACCUUUUCUGCAUUUCCACAGUGACGAAGCUCCUGGGAAGAAUCUAUUAUUUUGAAGACGGUAAGAAGCCCGGCUCUCUGCCUCCCAAUGUCUCGGCCGCCGUUAAUGGAGUGGCUCUGUGCGGAACCCUAGCUGGACAACUCUUCUUCGGCUGGCUCGGGGACAAAAUGGGGCGGAAGAAAGUGUACGGAAUGACGCUGAUGCUCAUGGUGAUCUGCUCCAUAGCUUCAGGCCUUUCCUUUGGCCACACGGCCAAAUCUGUGAUGACAACGCUCUGCUUCUUUCGAUUCUGGCUAGGGUUCGGCAUUGGCGGCGAUUAUCCUCUUUCGGCCACGAUUAUGUCCGAGUACGCCAACAAGAGAACUCGUGGCGCGUUUAUUGCAGCUGUGUUCGCCAUGCAAGGGUUUGGAAUUCUUGCAGGCGGUGCCGUUUCCAUUAUAGUUUCAGCAGGGUUCAAGAGUCAUUUUAAGGCUCCAGCGUAUCAAGAUGAUCCCAAGGGCUCGACUGUGGAUGAGGCAGACUUUGUGUGGAGGUUAAUUCUGAUGUUCGGAGCCGUCCCCGCGGCCAUGACCUACUACUGGCGAAUGAAAAUGCCAGAGACCGCCCGUUACACAGCGCUUGUGGAAAGAAACGCAAAGCAAGCCGCGGCGGACAUGUCUAGGGUUAUGCAGGUAGAUAUUGAAGAAGAUCGUCAAAAGAUCGAUGAAAUUGCGACCAGGGAACCGAGCUUUGGCUUAUUUUCUGCACAGUUCGCAAAACGGCAUGGACUGCAUCUUCUGGGAACAACUUCAACCUGGUUAUUGCUUGAUGUCGCCUAUUACAGUCAAAACCUGUUUCAAAAGGAUAUCUUUACGGCCAUCGGAUGGAUCCCUGCGGGUAAAAAAAUGAACGCCAUUGAAGAAGUUUAUCGCAUCGCAAAGGCACAGACGCUCAUUGCUCUGUGCUCCACCGUUCCGGGCUACUGGUUCACAGUCUUCUUUAUCGAUCGCAUCGGUCGGUUCACCAUUCAAUUGAUGGGAUUCUUUUUCAUGACAGUCUUUAUGUUUGCCCUGGCCAUUCCUUACAACCAUUGGCGAGGCACCAAAUGUGGCGAUGACUAUUGUGACGGCAACCACAUUGCCUUUGUUGUUCUCUACUCCUUCACCUUCUUCUUCGCUAAUUUUGGUCCCAACGCCACCACUUUCAUCGUCCCGGCGGAGGUUUUUCCUGCCAGGCUCCGUUCCACUUGCCACGGCAUUUCGGCCGCUGCAGGAAAGGCAGGCGCCAUUGUUGGAGCUUUCGGUUUUCUGUACGCCGCUCAAAGCACGCACCAAUCUGAAGUCGACCAUGGCUACCACAAGGGUAUUGGCGUCAAGAAUUCUCUCAUUCUUCUCGGAGUAACAAAUGCUAUGGGCUUUCUGUUCACGUUUCUGGUGCCUGAAACCAACGGCAAAUCUUUGGAAGAGCUUUCCGGUGAGAAUGAGGAAGAUGAAGGGACUGAACUUCCACCAUCUGUUUCGACUACCAGAACGGCACCAGCUUAGUAGAAGGUCAAAAGCUGCGGGUAAAAUAGGGAAUAAUGAAAAAAAGUAUUAUUUACAGGUCCAAAAACAAUUAUUCUUCACUGUUUUAGUAAAUAUUAUAGUGUAAGGCUUGGUUAAUUUUAUAUUAUAGAGGAAGACUCUUUUUUUUGGUGAUUGCAAAUAGGGUCUUUCUGGGUUUCCCAUGGUUGAAGUAUAUUUCGGAGCUUUCUUAUUGUAAAGUACUAUCUUAUCUGUACUGAGUUUUUUUUUGGCCUUAUAAAAUAAGGGAUAGGUUUGGAUC